AUGGCCAUCGAUAUGACCAUCAUCUUCAUGGUCUCCUCUUUCAUUCUCUCCAUCUACUACAUCUGCAACAGAAAACCCAAGAGUUCCAAGCCUCUCAACCUACCACCAGGCCCACCAAAGCUACCCAUCAUUGGAAACCUCUAUCAAAUUGGCCUAGCACUGCCGCAUCGUGCUUUCCUUGACUUGUCCAAGAAAUACGGCCCCAUAAUGAGCCUGCAACUCGGACAGAUCUCCAUGGUCGUCGUCUCGUCACCUCGGUUAGCUGAAGAAGUACUAAAAACUCACGACCUAGCCCUUGCAAGCCGCCCAUAUGCACUUCUUGCUGAUAUUCUGUUGUACGGAGGCAUUGACAUUGCUUUUGGUCGUUACAGUGAUUACUGGCGACAAAUGAAGAAGAUCGUCACCAUGGAACUCUUAAGUGUCAAAAAAGUUUAA